AUGGGAGAGGAAUUCGAGAGUACUGCUUUGAGUAAAAAGGAGCAGCGCAAACUGAAAAAGCUUCUGCGCAAGGCCAAGAAGGAAGAGGAAGAAGACGACCGCUUAGAUUUAGAGAAACUGAACGAAAGCGCAAGUGAAGAAGAGGAAGUGGAGUUGGAUCAGGAAUCUAACAGCGAGGACGAAGAGGAGUCUGACAUUCCGCUUUCUGAGGCAGAAUUGGAGCCAGAUGCAGACGUUGUGCCGCACACAAAGCUUACCGUGAACAAAGUGGCUGCUCUUAAACAGAGCCUUGCAAGUUUUGCAUUGCCAUGGGAUAAAUUACCGUUUGAUGAACAUCAAUCUGUUACGUCAUCAGAGAGAGUGGAUACGCAAGUCAAGGACGUUUUCGACGAUACAGAACGCGAGUUGGCGUUUUAUAAGCAGGGGCUGGAAGCAGCCAAGAUCGCCCGCCAAAAGCUUCUUGCAUUAAACGUUCCCUUCACCAGGCCCCCGGACUAUUUUGCAGAAAUGGUGAAAUCGGACGCACAUAUGGACCAACUGAAGGUGAAGCUGAUCAAAGAAGCUUCUGAAAAGAAGGCUAGAGAAGAGGCCAGAAGACAGAGACAAUUAAAGAAGUUUGGUAAGCAAGUGCAGAACGAAACCCUGCAAAAGAGACAGAAGGAGAAAUCCGAAGCUCUUGCUAAGAUCAAGUCUCUGAAACGUAAGAAGCAGAAUCAUGAAAUUGAUGAGGAAGAAUUCAAUAUCGCAGUUGAGGAAGCUGUUGCUGCUGCUCCUGAGCAAGGACGCAGAGGUAACAAGAAACAGAAGGUGGAAUCGAAGUUGAACCGCAAGAAGCCUCAAAGGCCAGGAAAGAGCAAACGACACAGACGGGGCAAAUAAGUGACUAAUAUUAAUAUCUUCAAGUCUAUAUAAUUCCAGCGCUCUUUAAUUUUUCAAAGACUUCGUGGGUAACGUAUUUCUUCAUAGACGGCUCGUCAUCAAGACCUUUCAUUUUCCUUGUUUUCAUGGUAAAGUCGCGCGACAGGGACUGGAUUGGUGCAGGCUUGAGCACAGGAAUGAAACAGUCCUCGUCCAGUGGAUCUCCAGGAAUGAUGGACCAGUGGCUGAACACAAGUUGGCACAUUGCUUGGCCCCGACUGUACAGUCGAAUAUCAGUUUCCAGUCCCACAGACUCGAUCACUGGAAUAUAACCAUACACUUUGUAUAACGGAGUGCCUUCCACGGGUUUAUCGUUGGUGAUUUGGCCUCUUCUUCUAUCGAGUAGCUUGUUCAGCGCUGGUAACACCGACGAAAAACAUAAAAUUUCAAUCUCGUAAACCGGUUCGAGUAACCGCGGAGUAGCAAUCAUCAUUGCCGCGUAGCAUGCCUUCCGUGACAUCUGAAUGAUUUGUGCUCCGUUUGAUUCCAUAAAGUUUGUAGAUAGUUGUGCACCGAUAAUCCUGAAUUUUAUAUUUCUCACUGGCUCGUCGCAAAGAGGACCUUCUCUGGUAGACCAUUUGAAACCCUGGAUAAUCAGUUCUUUCAGCUCCGCAAGCCUUGAUUUAUCUGUAUCCUCAGGCAGCGUGUCUUCGAGAAGUAUACACGUACCCGUUUCAUCAGGACCAAAUGCCCAAACAGAUCUUGCAGCCAAAGCGUCCCACCCAUAGUCGUUUCUGAGCCUCUUGGCAAGCUCCCUAGGGGGAAGUGAUGGCGCAAGAACUCCAGCUUCUAUGUCUCUGGCAAUAUUCUCUUCCAGAGGCUCCGCUAUGACCGUAAGACUAUUUUUCAUGUUGGCAGAUUCGGUAACCAGCUUCACUUUGGACAUGUCCAAACAUGUCUCUGAAAAUCGGGCCACAGGAUCACUAACCUUGAUAUCCAAUUUAGCAUACAACAGACGCAAAUCGUGGAGCAAACAAUCCAAGUACAACUCCCCGAAUCCCAAGAUCACGUGCUCGCCUCCUUGCUCAACUCUAACCUCUGAUCCCACAUAAGACCUAGUCAACUUUUUUAGGCCUUCGGUGAAUUUUGAGAGCUCAGACGGGUUUGCAGGUUGCACAGCAACUUUGAAGACUGGUUUGGAUAUUUUGUCGAAUGGCCUGAAUAUGUCGAGUGACGCAGAAUUGAGCUUUUGGUCGAAAAUGGUGGCAGUUUUGCUGAUAAACACGUCAAUGUCGUGCCCUGAUAUUAACCCUAUAGAUCCUGCUGGAAUACCUUCCACUGGGAUCUUGUAGCGCGUGCAGCUGAAAAAUGCGCGCCGCACGUCUUGCAGUUUCAUGUCGUCUGUAAAUUCGGGGCUGUAGUUCUCACCCAGUAGCAGAACCGAAUUCCCCGUUUUCAGUGUGCCUGAGAGCACGCGUACCUGAGCAUAGAACCUGGCGGCACUAGCUGAGUCAACGAGCUUUGCCACAUACGCUAUGACUGGGCCGUUCGGAUCGCACUUUUCAAUAUGUGAAAGCAGUUCAUCAGUGGCCUUGCCUUUGUAUAGUGAAUUGAACUUAUCAACGUUCAUGUCCUCUGGGGAAGGCAUAUUCUGUAUCAGGUCGACAAACGGUGGGCAGACGCCACCGAAAAAUGCAAAAAAGACCUCUUUUAAAAGAAGUUGGACAUCAAGCUUGAAUUUCGAAGGAUGAAUACUGGAUAUUCCAUGGGACUCCUCGAGAUAUUGUUCUAAUUCUUUUGGACUUUUCGUCAAAGUAGCGGUGAUCAGCUUAUAUAUCGGUUCCAAAACGAACUUGAUGAAACUUCUGGAUUUGGCAUGAGCGGCCUUAUCUGGAGGCUUAACAGUAAAUUUUCUAUCAAUAUAGUAAAUGUCUCCCCAAAGUUUGGUAGCAAAUGCGUCAAUAUCCAACUUGGAAUUAUUAAGGUAUUUCUUUGCAAUACUUCGCAAAGUGAAACAGAUAUUGAGGUUGCUGGAGCUGAAACAAACAUUUCCAAGAGCAGGCGACAGAGUCGUUUGUCGUGUGUAGCUGCCAUUUUUGACGUGUUUAGAUGACGAAACAUAGUCGUUUAUUUCGUGAAUAACGCUGCGAAAUUUAUAGUAGGCGUCUAAUGGCGGUAGUCUGAGUUCCAAAAUCAAGCGUUCAAACUUGGAAACGUUAAGACAAAAGGGAGUGUUCGUCAGCAAAAUAUGAUCCAGAGCCAGCUGCAAACCUUUGGUCAGACCUUCAACCACGUCAACAACUAGAACUGCAACAUCAGCAAGUCUUACUGCGACAGCCAUUUCGUCGACAAAGUCAACGUGUCCAGGGGCGUCAAGAAUGUGGGUAACGGUGGAUUUUUGUUCGAGAUCGGGCAUCAAUAGUGACAUGGUAGAUGUCUUUAUGGAGAUUCCCCGUUUGAUUUCUAUUGUAUGAUUGUCAGUGUAUCGAAAAGGCUCGUAGCCUUUCGCUUUAACGUAGUUGAUGUUAUGAGUUUCAUGGACUAGUUGGUCUAGAAAUGCAGUUUUCCCUGAGUGCAAACCACCGACAAGAGCAAUAUUUCGCACUUUGGACGGGACGAACGUCAUAUUCCACAAAUAGUCCUUGGAAUAAAAUGUCUCAGGAAGGUCUUCCUCUUCUACUUUGAACUUUUGCUCUGUAUCAGGCUGAAUAAUAGGCUCACUGAUAUCCUUUGCAUCAGAUGUCGCUAUAAUCGUCUCGACAUCUUCUCCAAAAACCUCUUGUAAUCCAGGCUGUCUAACAGCGACCUCCGAUUGGUUGACCUCCAUUGCCUCGUCACUUGAG